AUGAUAGCAAGGAAAAUAAGUGUAGGGGGGGAAAAAUGGGUAGUAGUAGGAAUAUACGUAAAUAGGGACCUAAAAGAGAAGAUAGGGGAAUUGAAGGAGCGGGCAGAAGAGAUAGAGGGAGGGGUAAAAGUGCUAGUGGGGGGUGAUUUUAAUGCCAGGACAGGGCAGGAGGAGGGAGGAUGCUGGGGCGAAGGAGAGGAGGAGAGUAGGAGUAGGAAAUCAAAGGACAGGAAAAUAAUCUCGGAAGGUAGGCAGCUGGUGCAAUUUUUAGAUAAGACAGGAUGGGCAAUCAUGAACGGGAACAUAGAGGGGGAUGAGGAGGGGGAAUUCACGUAUGUAGGAGGGGCGGGGGUGACGGUGAUAGACUACGCUAUAGGAGACAUCGAGGGAAGGGAUAGGGUCAAAAGGAUAGAGAUUGGGGAUAGGGUUGACUCGGAUCAUCACCCGGUAAUAGUGUGGUUGAGGGGGGCAGGGGCUAGGACAAGGAAGGGAAAAAGAGUAGGGGGAACUAGUAGAGGAGACUGGACGGAGGAGGGUAGGAUGAGGUUUAGAACAGAAGUCAAAUGGGAGGGGAUAGGAGAAGUGGAUGUAGGUAAAGAGAUAGAGAAAAGAAUAAGGGAGUUUAGACGAGCCUUGGAUGUUGGAGGGAGGGGGAGGGAAGCGAAACAGGGAUGUUGGGAUGAGGAAUCUAGGCGAAAAAAAGCGGAAGUUAGGCAGAGUCUGAGGAAAUGGAGAAAGGGGGAGGGGGAAGGGGACGCGUAUAGAAAGGGAAGAAGGGAAUAUAAUAGGCUAUGCGAUGAGAGAAAAAAGAAAGAAAAUGCGGGAUUCAUAAAAGAAGCAGCGAAAGCAAGGACAGAAAGCAAGGUAUGGGAGAUAGUUAAUAGGGAAAGAAAUAUGUGGAAGAGGGUGAAUGAAGAAAUAGGAGAUCAGGAGUGGAGGGAGUAUUUCAUGGGAUUAUUAGGCGGGGUAGAAAGCAAGGUAACAGAAGUCGGGGAGUCGGUAAAUAGGAAGGGGGACGGGGAAGGGGAGCUGCAGAGGGAAGAGAUUAAAAAGGUGAUAGGAAAGCUGAGGGAUGGAAAGGCACCAGGGGGGGAUGGAAUAGUUAGCGAGGUAUGGAGGUAUGGGGGGGAAGAAAUGGAGCAGUGGAUAUGGAAAACAUGUAACAAAGUUUUCGUGGGGGAGGGCUGGCCAGAGGAUUGA